UAAAUAGUCGUCUGCAGAGAGAGAAAGAGCCGAAGCAGACGUCACAAUACACUACGACGUCGUGGUAGCAUAACACAUUGAAGCGCGAGCAAGUGUCAAUUUGAUUAUUGUCAUCCUUUCCGCGAGUAUCAGUGCUUCUGUUAAGAUCAUUCGGAAUUUCUACCGAUGAUCGACAAAUCGCUCAUUCGUAUUCCUGUGGUUGCCGUGAGGCGGCGAGAAAGGCCACCUCUUUAAAUUAAAAGAAGGAAUGACGCUGGAGAAUCCGUUCUUUGUCGUCAAGGACGAGGUCUGUAAAGCGUUGAAUAAAAAUCGCGGUUUAUAUGGACGCUGGACAGAAUUGCAAGAUGUUAUUGUCACGAGUCCAACGAGUGGUGGAAUCCCUAUCUCACGUGACGAAUUAGAGUGGACUACUACAGAACUGCGGAAGGCCUUACGUUCGAUUGAAUGGGAUUUGGAUGAUUUGGACGAUACAAUUCGUAUCGUUGAGAAGAACCCGACGAAGUUUAAGAUAGAUAAUAAGGAGUUAACAGUCCAACGAGGUUUUAUUGAACAAGCACGAGAAGAAGUUAAGAUCAUGAAGGAUAAAAUGAAUUUAAGUAGGGGUCGGGAUCGUGACAGUACAGCGAGGCAGCCACUUUUGGACAAUAGUCCUGCCCGAGUUCCUGUCAAUCAUGGUACAACUAAGUAUAGUAAAUUGGAAAAUGAAAUUGAUAGUCCUAAUAGGCAGUUUUUGGGAGAUACAUUACAACAACAAGAUGACAUGAUAAGACAACAAGAUGAACAAUUAGGUAUGAUUGGUGAAAGUAUUGGAACCCUUAAGACAGUAUCUAGGCAAAUCAAUACAGAAUUAGAUGAACAAGCAGUUAUGCUAGAUGAAUUUGGAAAUGAAUUAGAGAUGACUGAUUCCAAGCUGGAUGCAACAAUGAAAAAAAUGGCCAAAGUUCUUCAUAUGAGUAAUGAUCGGAGACAAUGGGUAGCCAUUGGAGUGUUGACAGCUAUAUUGGUGUUUCUAAUUAUUUUAUUUUUAACUAUUAAGUGAAUCGUUUUAUGUCUUAGCACCCCCAAGAAUUAUUGGUUCUUCUUUAUAGCAUUUAGAUGAAUGUGUUAAAUUCUGUUUUAAUAACACAUUACUGAUAGCGAUAUUUUAUGAUGGAUUACAAUAAAUAUUUACAAUUAUUACAUUUC